UUUUUAUCAAACCCUCCCUCCCAACUCCAGUCUCCCACCCACGAUAUAGCCUCCCCUCCCCUCUUCUGCUCCUCAGAUCUCACGCACGGCACUCUCACUGUAUCUUAUCAGUCUGCCCCUGCCGUCCGGUUACCGGUCGGCCUCCGUUGAAGCUUCCGUUCGCCGUCCGCCGUUUGAAAUCUCUGCCGUUUUUUAUGCUUUGUGUAACUUCUUGUGUUUUCAAAUAAAGCUAUUUUAACUGUUUGAGCAUAUUUAAGAUUUUAUCUUUUCUAAUUCAAAUGAACUCAAUUGGAUUAAGUAGAGUUGUUACCUGGUGUUUAAUUUGAGAAACUGGACCGAAUGAGUUAAAUACUUAGAUUAGGAUCGUCAAAUCUUCAAAUUUAAUUUGUGGGAGUUUCUUUUUUUUUUUUUUUUUUAAAUUAGGUCGAUCUUACCCAAAUAAUUCUGGAGCUUAGUUACAGUUGGUUUUAGAAUUUGAAAAGGAAGGGGUAGAUAAAGAAGAUGGAAAAACUCUCACUUAACUUAGGCAUUGUAUGGCUUGCUUCCAGGAUCACCUUGGUGGCACGACCUGUCAUUGAAUUUUAUGGUGGACUUGAUCCCAAACCAUUUAACUUUGCCAUUUUAAUGGCUAAUGUGAUCUACGGGAUAAGGAAAAUUCAUGUUUUCAGUUCUUGAUGACUAAGACCGAUUCCGGUCAUCCCUUUAAAUUUUAAUUGCUUUCGUGGAAUUGGUUCUUCUUUCUUCUUUGCCUCUUUCAUUUAAAUUCUUUUCAUUUGUUUUUGUUCAUUUUAAUCGUCUUCCCCCAGGCAGGCUUGUCCCUACAACCAGAAUCGAGACGUAUGAUGGUGUUCUAACCAUAGGAAAAGAUGUUGUAUAAAGUACUGCAGAAGUCCAGGUAUUGGGAUCCUGGGCUCUCUUCUCCUUGCCCCCUCAAAUACGUUCUUAGGAACUUUUCUUUAUGGUCAAUGAAGAAAGAUCCUGACCUUGAAUCAGCUCUAUCUCGUAAUCGUCGAUGGAUUGCCAAUAACCAAAUCAAGAAUAUCAUCCUUCGCUGCCCCGAUCAGGCAGCACCUGUAAAAUUUCUCCAAAAGAAGUUUAAAACCCUCGACCUUCAAGGAAAAGCCCUUAACUGGCUGAAAAAAUACCCUUGCUGCUUUGAAGUUUAUCUCAACAAUGACGAGCACUACUUCCGGCUGACAAAGAGGAUGAUGGCUUUGGUUGAAGAGGAAGAAGUUGUCAAAGAUAUGCAGGAGCCUGCUAUUGUCAAGCGUUUGACAAAAUUGCUGAUGAUGGCUUCGAAUCAGAGACUAAAUGUCCUAAAACUCAGCGAAUUGAGGCGGAAUUUUGGGCUCCCGGACGACUUCUUGAUAAGAAUCAUUCCCAAACAUUCAGAUAUUUUUCGGAUUGUAAAUUAUACUGGAAAAAAGAACUCAAUGGAAAUAGAACUCAUAUCUUGGAAACCAGAACUAGCAAUUUCCAGCAUAGAAUCUUCAGCUUGCAAGCAUGGGGUUGAGCCAGCUUUCUCAUGCUCACUGCCAACAACUUGGGUAAAUUCAUGGGAAAAGUUUAAUGAAUUUAAUGCCUCUCCAUAUGUUUCACCAUAUGUAAACCCUGCAGGCUUGGUGCAAGGUACCAGAGAGAUGGAAAAGAGGACAGUGGGGUUGAUUCAUGAGAUAUUGUCAUUGACAUUAUGGAAGAAAGCAUCAAUUAUAAAGCUUGGACAUUUCAGCAAGGAAUUUGGUCUGCCAUUGAAGUUGAAUGCAUUACUGCUUAAGCACCCUGGCAUAUUCUAUGUCUCAAACAAGUAUCAGAUCUACACUGUUGUUCUUAGAGAAGGGUAUAAUGGAUCAGAACUGGUUGAGAAAGAUCCAUUAGUGGUUGUUAAAGAGAAGUUUGGAGAAUUGAUGCAGGAGGGACUUCAUGAAUAUAACAAGAGACAUCAUUUGAUGAAUUUAGAAAAGAAGAGAAUGAAGGGAAUGCUUUUGGGCAGAUCAGAAAAAAACAAGAGGAAAGAUUUUGAAACAGAUGAUUCUAAUGGUCAAGGAAACAAUCUAGGAGGUUUGCUUGAGCCAGAGGAAAGGAAAAGAUUCUAUCAGUCUCUUUUUGAUGAUGGUCCUGCAUGACUGGUAGAACAUGUGCGGCUUAUUUGAUCGUUGCGUCCAGCAUCAUUCCGUAUAAUGUAAUCAAGUUAUUUUCUAUAUAUAUCCACGAGUGUCCAAACUCGUUUAUGCA